AUGGAAUUUUUAAAAUUAGGACUUCAUAAGUGGGUCCAAGAUACAUGUGACUUGUUAAAAAUACAAACUCCAACUACAAUUCAGUCCAAAAGUAUUCCAUAUAUAUUAAAAGGAAGGAAUGUUGUAGGAAAUGCUCCAACUGGGAGUGGAAAGACUUUAUGCUAUUGCUUACCGAUACUACAAAUUCUGGCAGAAGAUCCAUUUUCAGUGUUUGGUUUGGUUUUGGUACCUUCAAGAGAAUUAUCAUAUCAGGUAUUAGAUCAAUUUCAGGUUUUUGGUAAUAAGGUAAAUGCAAAUUGUCAGGUGUUGACCGGCGGAUUUGACGAAUCUGAACAGAUACACAUACUAAAUCAAAAAAGACCCCAUAUAUUAAUAGGAACCCCAGGAAGGCUGACAUCAAUAAUUUCCUACCCUGGGAGUAAUAUAAGCGAUUUAAUGAAAAAUUUGAGAUUUCUUGUAUUGGAUGAGGCUGAUAGAUUAUUAAGUGAAUCUCUUGAAGAUGAUAUGUUUCCUAUAUUGUCUGUUCUCCCAAAGUCAUAUACUGGGCGUCAAACUUUACUCUUCUCUGCUACUUUAACAAAUGCUAUUAAAGAGAUUGCGAAUAAUUAUUCUGUUACUGCUAAAGAAGGAGACCUGAAAAAAAAGAAACCACAAGAGCUUCCGAUGAUAAUAAUUAAUGAAAACCCGGAUGAUUCACCAGUUGAGAAGAUUAGACAGAUGUAUUUAUUUUUGAAUCAUAGAGUUAGACUUGUUUAUUUACAUCACAUUUUAUCAAAUGUUCACUUCUUCAAUAUCGAUUCUGUAGAUAAGGCAAAAUUUGAGAAAAAUUCAACUUUUUUCGAGGAAUCCCAGGAGGAUGUUGACGAAAAUGUAACGUUUGGUGUCAGAAACAAUAAAAAAUUUAAAAAAAACAAAGAACAAGUAAUAGAUCAGAAUAAGAUAAUUAAACAGGGAAUAAUUUUUACAGCCACGAAACAACAGUGCCAAAUGCUAACAAGCUGUUUAGAAAUAAUGGGUUAUUCUGUUACUGGAUUGCAUAGUUUGAUGAAUCAAAGAAGAAGACUUGCUUCUCUCGGAAAGUUUAGGAGCAAAACAAGCAAAUUGUUGGUAGCUACUGGUGUUGCUGCAAGAGGUUUGGAUGUACCUGACGUUGAAUUUGUCAUUAAUUAUGAUUUCCCAAGAUCCUUCGAAGAUUAUAUUCACAGAAUUGGUAGAGUUGGUCGUGCAGAUAAAUCUGGUAUUUCUCUUUCUUUUGUAACAGAACAUGACGUACCAUAUGUAUAUGAAUUUGAAGGUAAAAUGAAGAAAGAAAUGGAGCUUUUGAAGCUCGAUGAAAAUGAAGUACUGAAAAAUAUGAAUAGGGUCACUAUUGCCCAGCAAAAAGCACUGUUAUUAUUGGAAGAAAUUGGAUUCAACGAGAAAAAUCAAGAGGUUCGUGAGAGAAAACUCAAAGUUUUGAGGUCAAAAAACAAGAUCCCAUCGGAUAAUAAGAAAACAAUCAAAUCAAUAGCUAAUUAG